CCGAAAGACACCGCAUUAGGUUUAUAAAAUAGUUGGACAGGAAAGCGGGAUAGGAACAAAUAGUGACUUAUUAUUCUUAUAUUAUUUCGUACUGCGAUGGAGGCGUCACAGCCCCCCAAACUCGAAACUGUUGAGGAAACGACAGAGUACCUUCCUGAAGCGGAGAACACUAACGGUUUGUCCCAAACCGAAAAGCAAGAAGAGACAUUCGAGGGAGAAUCUAAUGAAGCUGGAAAUAACAAUGACUGCACUGCUGAACUGCUAGCUGAAAAGGAUGGUACCGAGGCUGGGACGGAACAAAAGGAAGAGUUGCCUGAAGUUAACAGUGACCUUCCCGGCACCAGACAGGGGCCAGCAGAUGAGGUUUCAGGUGAGUCUCUAGGAGGACCUGCCGAAGCUGAAGCUGAAACCUUAGAAGAGUUAAAAGGAGAUAGUGCUGCUGAAGAUGCACCAACACCUGUAAAAGAGGAGGAGAAGCAAGUUGUGCCUUCUAGUGAAGUUUUAGGAGAGCAAGAGGAGGAAGAAGGGCAGCAGAUCAUAGGAGAGCUGCUGUCUCGAGAGGGCAGCCCAGUGGCCCAGCAGGAAAAUGCUCCCCUAGAGCUGGAGCUGGAGGCGCCAGAAAGAGAGACAAGCCCAACAGAAGAAGAGGAGGAAGAAGCCCUAAGCAUAAACUAUGAAGAAUACAUGGAAAGGUACAAAGAACUUAAGAAGGAAAAGGCGAAUAUUAUCCAGCAGAGCGGUCAGCUACAGAACAAGUUAGUGGAGUAUUUCCGCAGGAAGACAGGGGAGGAAAUCCGUCAUGAGAAAGAGAAGCCAGUCUCAGAUCAGGAGCAGCGCUACCUCAAGUACAUGUCUACAAUGGAGGACCUGAAAUGGCAGCACAGGCGGGACUCAGAGAGCUACCAGCAGCAGAUCAAGGAGCUGAGAGCCCAGUCCCAGGAAAAAGUGAGCCAGGUGGACAGUGAGUGGAAGGUCUUCAUGGGCUUCAAGAAGGAGGUGGCAGUGUCAGCCAUGAGCCGGCGCCUAGGAAAGCAAGCCGCUGUCGCACAAGUGGAGCAGAUCCAGGCCAAUGAGCAGCGGAAAGAGAACGAGCUGGUCCAGGUGAGGCUAGAGAACAUCAAGCUGAAGAAUAAGGUCAGGAAAUUUGAGGCUAUGCUGAAGGCUAAGGAGGAGCUGGCUGAAGGGCUGCACCUCAUCGACUUUGAGCAGUUGAAGAUUGAGAACCAGACGUACAACGAGAAGAUUGAGGAGCGCAACGAGGAGCUCCUGAAACUCCGGAAGAAGAUUACCAGCACAGUCCAGGUCCUCACCCAUGUCAAGGAGAAACUGCAGUUUGUCCAGGUGGAGAACCAGGCAAAGAAGGCUCAACUUACAGAGGUGGAAGCCCUGGUAGCUCGGAAGAGGGACAUCCUCACCAAGACCAAACAGGCCCGUGAUGCUCUCCGCACGGACAACCUGAAGCUCCGGCAGAAGUGUGGCCUUCUGGGAAAUGAGACCUUGCUCCGGGACUUUGAAGAAAAGGUAGAUGCCUCCGAAGCUCUGAGUCAGAGGCUUGAGAUGCUGAGGCGCCGGCAUGCUGAGCUGACACUGAGAUGUGUAGGACUCAAGAGAAAACUAGAGCAAGCUAAGCUUUCACGCCAAUGAAAAGCAGCAGAUGCCAAAAAUAACAAGACUCUGGACCCAUUUCCUUUCAUGGUCAAUAACAUAAAAUAAAUCAACCCAAAAAAUAACUAAAAUAAAUGGUGUCAGCUGGUAUUUUCAGAUAUUUCUUAUAUAGUUGGCUAUUUAUGUAUGAAAGGGAGAUAUGAUUUCUCUAUUAUUAAAAUGUAUUUGUAUUUAAAGUCAAAUCUACAGUUUAGUAGUUGUGUACCUGACAUUCACAUUAGUCUCCUCAUCAUGAAAAAAUUAAAUUGAUUAUUUAUAUCAAUUACUAUCAUACAAAAUGUGAACAGAUUGCCUUCCAGUUGAGAUAAACACAGUUGAGAUAAAGCAGAACUCUUUUUAAAUUAAAUUAUUUCAGGGUGAACCUCAAAUAUUUUUAAAUAAAUUUUACUCAUAUUCAUUUUAUAUUUAUUGUUGUCCGGGUCACUUGUGUGUAGAUUCAUAUUGUGUAUAAUCAGUUGUCACCCUAUUGCUUAAAUGGCAAUCAUCUAAAAGUCUUAUUGACUAAAUAUUUUAUCCAGCUCUCUUCCACUGUAUUAUCUCAUGCUUUGGGUUGAGUGGAAUUUUAAAAAUCAUUGGCCUGGGGUAUCCAGCUCCUGUCCUCCACUUCCAAAGUGCAAUUGUUUGUUGUAUCACUUUAAAUAAUUUCUUAGAUGUGGGGACACAGUUCAAUUGGCCAAAUAAUGCAAUAGCUCUCUUAAUCUAAUUUGAGCAAAGAUACAGUUGUUUUUAAUUGAAAAUAACUUUAUGGGUGACAUAUUAUUAUUCAGCAUACAGGAGCAUGACGUCUCCUUGUCCAUUGGGGUGGACACCGAAAAAAUAAUGUCAUUCUCAGGAUGUGCAUAUUUCAGUAUAGAGUAUUUUGACCUUACUGCAACUUUUGCUUUCCUGUAUUUAAUCUCAUUCCAUUGGAAGCACUAUUUGAUUUAUGUUAACUUGAAUCUUUUUGCUGACCUUAAGUGUCCUGUGUGUGUUUCUUCAUUCAAAUCCUCCUACUGUUCUAUUGCUUUUUAGGAUCUAGGAAACUAUUCUUAUAACCAAACUGUCUGCCAUUUCUAUACAUUAUUUUUUAAUGGAAUCUUGUUCAGCUUUUUCUAACAGAAUAAGUGUUGAUUCUGACUUGUUAGUGGUAAAAUGCUUUAUUUUUUUAACAAGCAUUAAAGAGAAAUUAUUAAUAAAGGGUAACAGAGCACUUACAUUAUAAUUUUCUUUCAAAUUUACCUAUCAAGGCAAAGAAAGACAAUAACAUAAAACAGAAUGUAAAAGGAGUAGUUUCUACCAUUUAUCUAACUCUAUUGUUUCAGCUUUUUGUAUUGCAUUCCCUUUUGUAAGUUUUGUGUGAUUUUGUUUAAUACUUCAUCCUCAUGUUAUUUGCAAUUAUAUCUAACUAUUUUAAAUAUGAUUGAAAAACAAUAAGAACCUGACAGACCUGAAAUAAAAAGUACA